AAAUUUUAGAAGAAUUAAACCAGAUCCGCCCGAUUUUAAAAGAUGAAUUAGUUGAAAUUAAUAUAGUGGAUAAACUUACUAAUGAGAUACAACAAAUUUUUGAAAAACUUAGUAAGUCUUCAAGUAUUGAAAACGUUGGCACAAAGUUGAUAGAUCAUUUAGAACGUUUAAAAUUACUCGCACAUGAAGAAGCUUAUUUGAAAAGAAAAGAAUUUAUAUCAUUUUUAACGAAUUCUUCAAAUAAAAUAAAAAUUUUAUUUAAAAAUGGUAUAAAUACAGAAGAAGAGAUUAAUAGACGUGCUAGAGUUCUUGGUUCAUGUUUUCAUCCAGAUAGAACCAAAAAUCCAAAAUGUCCAUAUGUGCUUCAUGAAAUAUUUAAAAGUCAAGGCGAUGAGUUAUUUAAACUUAUCUCAGAGUUCAAAGAACAUUUAUUAAAUAAGUUGAAAAAAACCUUAGAAAUAGAAGACCAUGAAAAAUACGGAAAUGAGCUUUGGAGAAUUACUAUUGACUAUAAUAACGCAUCAAAAGGACAAUGGGACAAACUAAAAGUAUUAAAAAAAGAUGAUAUCAAAGAGCUCUCUUCCGAAUUAUUGAAACAGAAUAGUAUGCAUAUGGGAGAAUUGGCCUUUUAUCAAUAUCGAGCAGCUUGCAAAAUUGCGGAUAAAGCUAAACUGCUAAAAAAACAGGUAAAGUUAAGAGGAUAUAUGGCUUUAUGUUUAUAUUUCACAAACAAAUUUCUGGAAGCCCCGUUAUAUACUUUAGCGGCAUUGCUUUUACAAAUGAAGUCAAAUAAUGUUACACAACAAGAGAUAAACGAGGCAAAAAAAAUAUUUGUUAAAGUUAAUGGUGGAAGAGAAGAAAGAGAAAGGAAUGAAGAUGGUAUGUCUUCCGACUCAAGUGAGAGUGACUUUAAUAAUUCAAUGGCCCUAAUAAGAGUAAAUGAUCAAGGGAUCACUUUUAAUGAUAGAGAGAUUAUUCAGAUUACAUUAGCCUAUACAGUUGCUAAAUUAUUUGUUAAGGCGGAACGUAGUUUGGUUCGUUUUCAAACAUCAUAUAAGGAAAUUUUGCGUGCAAAAAGGUGUACAUUUUCGUAUAAAAAAGGUCAGGAGAUUUUCAAAAAGAUAACAAUUCGAGAAAAUCUCAAUAAAAUCAUGAAACAAGCGUUAAGUGCAUACGAUGAUGAAAAAUAUCAAGAAUUCAUCAAUGUGCUUUCUGAGGAAUAUGAUGAUGAGAAUCAUAAGCGCCUCUUAAACUGGUGCGAUAAAUUUGGUAUUACAAGAAUAGUUGACAUGGUUUCAGGUCGGAUGGAAGCAAAAAAACUUGAUAAGCUCACCAGCGAAUUGCGUAGUCAAGGAAUCUAUGAAUUUUUUAAAGGUGCUUGCAGUAAACUUAAAGAUUCUAUACUUGAAGAGAUACGUAAUAUUGCAAGAAUUAAUAUUGCAAUCCUUACUAUAACAGAAUUUUCUAUGGACGCAUAUCAAGAGGCAAUAGAAACUGUAGAAGAAGUUCGAAAAUCUGUUCUAUCUGAUAUCGAUACACCUCUCUUUAUCACAUUUCCCGUUGAAACAAAGUCAGCUACAGCAGUGGACAUUAAUUAUUUGAAUAAUCAACAGUCUUUCAAUCAAGACAAAUAUUAUCAAGCGAUUUACUUUGAACGUUUGGCUGAAAAAGAAGCUAAAAUUAACAAGUUAAAGAGUUUAAGUCAUUGGCAAUCUGCUCAAGAAAACUAUAACAUUGCACGUGAAAUAAACCCUGAUAAUCUGAUUUAUUCCUUUGGAUACGCAAGAUGUUUACUAAAAUUAUCCAAAUACACUCAAGUUAUCAAACUUUCUGAUACAUGUCCAGCAUUAAAUUCUUCAUCAAAAUAUUUGAAUUUAUGUAGUGUAGCUUAUUUUAAGCAAAAAAAGCAUGCAGAUGCUAUGAUAUGCAAUUCUGAGGCACUAAAUUUGGAUCCGGGAAAUCAUUCGGCUGGUAAACAUAGAGAACUUGUCAAAAAAUUGAAUAUAAAUAAUAUAGGUGAACACCACAUAAACCGCUAUAAAAAUAAAUUAAUAUACGAAACAGAUUAUUUGAAAAAUUCUCACAGUAAUGAGAGUCCUGUCUACAAUAUUCUAUCAAUUGAUGGUGGAGGAAUACGUGCUGGAACAUCAACUGGUGGGAUCAUUGCUGCUGGAUUGUCGGCACCAAAGUUCGAAUCUAUCUACAUAAAUGAUGAAAUUGAAUAUAGAUAUUUAAAUUCAACCCAAUAUUUUCAGCUUCGGAAUUAUUGA